AUGAGUAAUUGGUCGGAUGACGGCAAACGUAAAAUGGUAAACAAAAAAACAUCAUUCAAAAAAUUUGAUAAAGUUAAAGAAUCAUCGUCAUCUGAAGAAGAAAGUGAUGAAGAAAUGAUUGACAUGCCAACUCGACGUUCUGCUAACAAGAAUGAAGUCAAGACGACCGUUAAUAAUAAACGAAAAAAAAUCCAAUCAAAAAACAUAAAUACCCGUGGCAAAUCACGAAAGAAAGUGGUUCAAACAGGGUUAGAUGGAAAGUAUUGGAAUGAUGUUGCAUCUGAUCGACAUGCCAAUGGAGGUGUGCUUAAUUACCGAAAACUCAAUGGUGAUGAUGUGUCAUCAUCUUCAUCAGAAUCAUCAUUUGAAGAUACAGCUAGUACAUUUUCAAAGUCAUCAUCAUCAGAUGAUGAUGAUGACGAUGAUAAUAAUGACAUUUUAUAUGAAAAUAAAACAUUUAUUACAUGUCGAAGUCCAUCAGAUUCAUUUUAUCUUUGUCAAGUUUUACAAGAUGUUUAUAUAUAUACAAAAAAAAUUCGUAUUCGUUGGUGUUCUAUAGUUGGUGAUAAUAGUGAUGAAACAAAAAUUGGUAUUAAUACACGUUUUCAAGUUGAUUAUAUGGAUACACUUGAUUCGGAUACAAUUUUAACUAGUAUAUCAGAUGUUAUUUAUCACGAUGAUGAUAAUACAAUAUCAUUAAAGAAAGAAGAUAUUGUUGAAACAAAACGUUUAUUAGAAAAAUCAAUUCGUAGUGUAUCAUUUUCAUCUAAUGAUAUGAUGGAUUUAUCAACAGAACAUCGUACAACAAAGAAAAUGGCUAAUCACAUACGUUUUGAAUCAACUAGUGAAAAUGAAUCUAGUAGUUCUUCUUCUUCUUCCCAAUCAUCGACAACAAUUUCGAAAACAAAUAAAAAACGAAAACGUGCUUCGAAUCAACAGAAAUCUCGUAAACAACCAGCAAAAAAACGAGCACGUAAAACAUCGGAUACAACUGACGGUGUCGUUCGUAAACGUGGCCGAGCAAAAUCUACAAUUAAGCGCACAGUUCGUUUAACAAAACGACGAAAAGAAAAAGUUUCUUCUGAAAAAUCUGAUAAUGAAGAUGAAACAUCAAAACCUACGAAAAAAACAAAAAAAUCUACUACAAUACCAAAAGCACAAUUAUUUAAAGUACAUAGUAAUCGUUUACUCAAAGAAAAUACAACAAUAACAAAAUAUAAUAAAGAACCAUUUUUUGAAGACAAUUUAUCUGUACCAUUUAUUUCAUCAUUUAUUCAAAGUAAAUUAACUAUUCGUGCUGUAAUUAUAAAUGAUUCAAAACUUUUAAAAAGUCUUAUUAAUGAUGUUCAUCAUGUUUGUUCGGUACAUGUAACACGUAGUCUUUAUAAUGAUUUAUCAGCAUUACAUUAUGCAAUUAAAAAUAAUAAUAUUAAUAUGGUUAAAAUUUUACUUGAUGAUAUAAAAUCACCGAAAAAAAAUCGAUGUCCUUUUCCAACUAUUUCAAUGACAACACAAAGUACAGGAAGAGCUAAUAUUCACACAUUUGGUUUUCGUACAGCUCCAAUAAUGGCAAGUCGUGGAGCUAAAGAAGGCAAUAAUGCAUUAAAUAAAGAUCAAAUGACUGCAGAACAAGAUCAUAAUGGUACUGAAAUAAUUUCUUAUGGUUUCAAGAAUAAUUGUUCACAUGAAAUAUAUGAUUUACUUUGCAAAUCAUUUGAAAAUACACGUAAUACAAUUUAUGAUAAUAUUCAUAAAAUAAUUCAAGCUGGUCAUCGUAAAUUAGCUGCAAGUAUUAUUGAUGAAAUAAAAGAUAAUACAUUUCAUGGAUUUAAUUAUCUUCAUCAUCAAGUUUUACUUUAUGAUAAUGAAGAUAUAACAAUCAAUCGUGCAACAAGUGUUAUUAAAAAAACUCGAGCUAAUUUUAUGAUAACACCAAUACAUUGUGCUGCAAUAAAUCCCAAUGCAAAAUAUUUAAAACAAUUAUUAAAUACAAUGCCAGAAUAUAAUAUUCUUGAUAAAUAUGAACGUAGACCAAUACAUUUUGCUGCUGCAUGUGAAGGAUCAGAUCCACUUGAAUAUCUUUUAUCAAAACAUGUUAAUUUUAAUGAUGUUGAUCGUGGUGGUAAUUCACCAUUACAUAUUGCUGUUAUGAAUGGUCGUGCAAUAAAUGCUGAAUUAUUAUUACGUACAGCAAAAGAAAAAUCAACAUUAAAUGAAGCUGAAGAUCAGAUAAUUCAUGAAAAAUUUGGUCUUGCUUCAAUUAAUCGUAUGAAUAAAUCACGUUUUUAUCCUUUACAUUUGGCUGUUCUUAAUGAUCAUUUAAAUUGUGUACAAGUUUUACAUGAAUAUGGUGCAAAUGUUGAUAUUUUUACAAGUACAUCAUCAGGAAAAUUAACACCAUUAAUGUUAGCUUGUCAAAAAGGUUAUUUAAAUAUAGUUCAAUAUUUAAUUGAAAAUGGAGCUAAAGUUGAAGCUCGUGAUCGUUUUCAACGAACACCACUUAUACAUGCAUGUAUGUGUGGUAAUGCACAUAUUGUUUCAUAUUUACUUCGUUUGGGUGCUAAUGCAAAUGUAUAUGAUUCAUCAUUAAAUACAGCUUUACAUUAUGCUAUAGCUAAUGGAUGGUAUUUUUGUGUACGAUUAUUACUUGAAGCAGAUGCAAAUUUAAAUUGUGUUAAUUUAUGGCAAACAACUUGUUUAGCAGCAGGAUUUUUAAAAGGACAUUAUGGUCUAUGUGAUUAUCUUCUUACAGAUCAUAAUGUUGAUAUUAAUUUUAAAACUGAUGAUGGUUUAACUUUAGUUAUGUUAACUGUUGGUCUUGAAAUAACAUCAUCAGCUGUAGAACAACUUGAAUAUGUUGUAAUGAAACAUAAAGCUGAUUGUACAACUACUGAUGCUAAUGGAAGUAAUGCUGUAAGUUUUAAUUGA